UGUCGCGUACAGGUUCGUGCGCGUGUAUCCUUUGGCGGGUUGUGCGUGUGUGUGUGUGUUUGUUCACGAAUGAGGUAAAAUGUUAGGACCUACCAAAUGGAGACUCCUAACGAUCGUUGCCGGUAUACUGCUAGCCCAUGCGAUCGAGUCACCGACCAGUAAGAGUAACAAGCUAAAUGCACAGGUGCGCACCUUCACCAAUCCCGAGCUCGGGCUGCGCAUCGAACAGAUUAGUCCGUGGAGUACCGGUCGGAACAUACCGGCUCGGAACCUGCUCGUCCCGCAUCAGCUUUUUUCCCGCGUGGACAACAUCCGGUACAUCGACAGCCGGACACCGAACAGUCGCCAUCUGCAGAGUACGUUCGGAGCGUUCCGGAUAGCGGACGAGCCAACGCAACAGUCACCGAAUGGAGCUGCUAUACAGCGACGGCGAUCUAAAGCGUUUCAAAUGCGCCGUUCGGAUGAGGUGGCCCCGGACGUUGGUUUGGCGCUGGACCAGCAGCCUGGUGCGUCGGUACUGCCCUCACCCGAGCAAGAACCAAUCUAUCAAAAUGUGAGUCGUGCACAGCGUCAACAUCGGUACAAGAUUAUUCCAAUCAGCUACUUUUACCGGGAGGAAGCACAACCGAUUCCAUCCGAGCUGAAACCCGUCGGUCCUAGUCGCCCUCCAAAGGAUACCGAUAAUGAUGAGCCAGAGGUGCCGGACACAAGCUCAAAACAGCACCAAGAACAAGAUCAGGCAGCUCAGGAUGGUGACGAGUAUGCACGGUCCGAUACGCCAGUUAUUGGAGCACGGCGAUCGGGCAUUCAGUUCCCGGGUCCACUAAAAGCAGCUACCGGUUUCACUCCCCAAGGGUACAGUGAGGAGAGUCUUACACUCGGUGACAACUUGGGACUGUUCCAGCAGCCUGUCAGUACUGCUGAUGAGUACGGACCGGUGGAUGGAGAACCCACACACGAAGGUCGUGGAACAGACGAGUUCUCCCGCAGUCUGUACGCUAAUCGAUACUUCCGGGACUUUAACCGACCGGCGCCGAUAGAUCUGCGCCCCGCUGAGUCUCUGCCGAGGCCAAGCCGUCUGAUCGAAUUUCCCGGCAACGUGAACGUCAAGCAACCGUUUCGGGACGAUGUCACAAAGUUUGGUGACGUCUCCGGUCCCGUAACGGCCAUCCAGCGUCCGUUCGGGGACGCUUUCGGUGGUGAAGGCAAAAACUUCCGUACGUUCGAUCCAGCUUACUACACCGACAGCCCUUACCAACCGAACCGGGCCCCACCCUACUUCCCGGCCAAGCUAUACACCGAGCCGAAUCAGAAGAUUUAUCAACCGCUCUGGAAGACUCGCUCACCGCGCGUUGUCUUUCCGCAAGGUGAUCUCGCCUCCGGUCCGUCCGGCUUUGGGGUAGAUAAUGUCGUCUUUCGGGACCAAAACUUUGGGUUGAACGAGCUGGCCGCCAUCCAGGACGUGCGGAACGAGUUCAACCAGGACGACAUCAACGAUGAGCCGGCGACAACCAGCAAAGAUCGUGUCGGUGGUGACGGUGGUAACAAUCGCGGUGUCAGAAGCGAGCUACAGUGCCAGCACGAGGGUGGUACGUGCGAGUUCUUCCUGCUCUGCUGGAUGUCCGGCGGGCUGCUGCAGGGCACGUGUGGCGGAAUGCUGAAGGGAUGCUGCCAUCGGACGGCGAAAUCGGCCAACAUCGGCAUCGAUGCGAGUACGGCCGUCGACCUAACGAACGUGCCCGCCCUCGAGUACGGUCCGGUGCAGAACGAUCCCAGUUGCGGAAUAUCGUUAGCAAAGCAGACAGCCCAGCGGCGGAUCGUCGGUGGAGAUGAUGCUGGAUUCGGCUCCUUUCCCUGGCAGGCGUACAUCCGGAUAGGUUCCUCGAGAUGUGGGGGUUCGUUGAUUUCGCGGCGUCACGUGGUGACCGCGGGCCACUGCGUUGCGCGAGCGACCCCACGGCAGGUGCACGUGACCCUCGGCGACUACGUGAUCAACUCGGCGGUCGAGCCCCUGCCGGCCUACACCUUCGGCGUGCGGACGAUCAACGUGCAUCCGUACUUCAAAUUCACACCCCAGGCCGAUCGGUUCGAUGUGGCCGUACUGACGCUGGAGCGGACGGUGCACUUUAUGCCCCAUAUCGCCCCCAUCUGUUUGCCGGAGAAGAAUGAAGAUUUCCUCGGAAAGUUUGGCUGGGCGGCCGGCUGGGGUGCACUGAAUCCUGGUUCGCGGCUGAGACCCAAAACGCUACAGGCGGUCGACGUCCCGGUGCUUGAUAAUCGGGUUUGCGAACGAUGGCAUCGCUCGAACGGCAUCAACGUUGUCAUCUACCCGGAGAUGCUGUGCGCUGGAUACCGAGGCGGUGGCAAAGACUCCUGCCAGGGUGACUCCGGUGGACCGUUGAUGCACGAGAAGACUGGCCGAUGGUAUUUAAUCGGCAUCGUAUCCGCGGGCUAUUCCUGUGCCACCAGAGGUCAACCGGGUAUCUACCAUCGGGUUGCCAACACGGUCGAUUGGAUAUCGCACAUUACACAAAUUUCUACGUAA